AUGUCACAAAUUGAUAGACCGCUAAGCUACACUGAAGAGUUAUUCUUCUGGAGAACCAAACUUAAGGGCUACUCUAACUUCAGAGUUGCCGGUGAAUACUCAGUUGACUUGAACCCUCAGAAUGUUUUCCAAGCUUUGAAAACAAUGUUAUACCAGUACAGCCCAUUAACAACAGGAAUUGUCCCCGAUAAAACACAAAAAUUAGGAUAUCGAGUUUCCCUUCUUUCUAGGGUUAUGUUUUCCGAUGUGGUAGAGUUUGUUGAAGAUGAGUCUUUGAAUACGAACAUCAGCAAGAUUUUAGACAGAUAUCAUACAAUGUACUUCAAUUUUGAUGAUUGCACUCCGUUGUGGAAGCUCAAGAUUAUCAAUGAGAAGUACGUCUUGGUAUUCUUUGAUCAUACAUUUUUCGACGGUACAUCUGGAAAGAAUUUCCAUAUCGAAUUUUCAAAUGCCUUGGCAGAACAAAAGACAACUGAAAGUGGACCAUCUGAAGGAAUGGACACCGUUUUAUUUGACAGGUCACUGACGGACCCAGAAAAAUAUCAGAUAUUCCCACCACCAAAGGAUAUAAUAGACUAUAAUGGAUCAAUCAUUACACAACUCAAAUCAGUAUUCGAGGCGGUUGCACCUAAGCCAAUCACCAACUGGUUGAAAUAUUGGUUUGGAGGCAAUCCUUAUGCAGGUCAGAUGACAUACCAUCCAAUAUUGGGUAAAGACAUUCGAUUGUUUCCAAAUGAUAAAGAUAGUAGCCCUCGAAAUGUUUUCUUGAAUGCUGAAGAUGUUAACAAGUUAAUCCAACUGACCAGAGCUCAUAACGUUAAAAUGACCUCAUUGGUUGUGUUAUUGGCACACUUAAGUAUAAGUAACUUUAUUGUUGACAGCAGGGACAGCCUUACAUCUGUUCCAGUGAACGUGAGAUCCGAGAUUGACAUAGAAAAGGCUGAAAGACUUUGUCCUACUUUCUCCGAUAAAUUUGGUAUAUAUAUGAGUGGUCUAGACAUUGAAUUACCAGCUAUUCUUAAAGUUUGUCCAGAGAGGGAGAUCAACUGGGACGCGGUGGAGUAUAUUCAUGCUAGGAUACACAAGAAGUCCAAAUCUUCAAAAUAUCGAUUUGGACCACUCCAGUACGCAGAUACCAAGAAGUUCCUAGUGGAGAAUAUUGAAAAACGAGAAAAGUACACUCUUGAGGUCUCAAACGUUGGCAUGGUAUCAUCUUGUAGUCCCAAUCUUUUGUAUUUGUGGUUUGAUCAACCACCAGAGAGUUUCGGCGUUAAUAUGGCAAGUACCGUUAACGGCGCAAAUUUUACACUAAGAACAUAUAACUCUUCACACAUUGACGAGUUUGCAGACGGGUUUGAAAAAUUGUUAAGGCGUUUAUUGGACGAGUGA